AACAGAAAGUUGUGAUCUUAAACUGAUUAAACGAGGAGGUUAGAACAUGAAGAUGUCAAAGGAGUCUGUAAUAAGCUAUCUGCUGUAGCCGACAAUUUUUGCUAAUCUUUAUUACAAGGAGACCAGUUUCCAUACUUCAUGCAACCCAUGAAAAAACAUGUGAACAUCUUUAAUGACAUAACAAUACAGAUUAGUCAUCAAAUAUCCUUGAAAAUGGUUUUCCCAAAUGUGGGUGCUCAUAAUUAAUGCCAUAAAUAACUUCUUGUGACAGUUUCCUUCAAUUAUAUCUCUGGGUUUAUGCAGAGUUCUUCCAAACCUCAUCCUGAUUGAGUGUUACAGAAACUACUCUCAACAAAUUGGAAGGGACCCAUAAAAACCCAAACCCACAAAACAAAUUUACUUCACCAGGCAAAGCAAACGGCCAAAUUUGAGGAACCAUAAGCACCUCGUUUUCAACGCCCUGCCAAACAUGCACCCAUAAUCAAACCCUUCCACAAUCCAUUGCCAGAAAACCAUGUCUUCUUCCUCCCAACAAAUUUUCUUUACCACCUCUUCUGAUGGACCCAUCACUGCCUACGACGCCUCAUCCACCACCGCCAUUGCUCGUUUCAUCACCAGCCGCUCUCCCCGCCGAGGCCUCGCCGUCGCCGGCAACAAAAGUAACACCUUUAUUGCUGUCUCACAUGUAUCCUCAGCCAGUCCCUCUGGUUCUAUCCACCUUUACAAUUGGCAUUCAUCUACUUUUCUCCAUAGCAUUCCUCUCCCUGAACCUGUUGCUCCACUAGCAGCCACUUCUGAUGGUUUCUUCUUGUUUGCCGGCGGACUCUCUGGUCAUAUCCAUGUCCUUUCCAUCCCUUCCGGAGACUUGCUCUCUUCAUUUCCUGCCCACAAGAAGCCUGUAUCUUGCCUCAACAUCAGCCAAGAUGGGUCUGUUCUGAUUUCCGGCGGCGAUGAUGGCACCAUUGCUAUUCUCCCAAUUUUCCAACUCGUUGAGAUGUCGUCAGGUGAUGAGAAUCCUUCGAGUGAUUUUAUGUCGAUGAAGUUUGUUGCUCAUGAUGAUUCUGUGACACACAUAAUUUCCAGUAUGUCAACUUUCGUAUCUUCCUCAAUGGAUUCCACAUGUAAGCUCUGGAGUCUUUUUAAUGGAACCCAUCUGCAGACUGUGAGUUUCCCAUGUGGAAUUCUGGGGUUGGAUUUAGACCCAACAGAGACCCAAUUCUAUGCUGCUGGUUUUGAUGGAUCAAUUUACAAAGGGUGGGUGAAAUUUGGGAGAAAAGCAGAGAGAAGCCAUGAAUGGAUCAUGUUGGGUCAAAAACACAGCAGCACAGUGGUGUCAGUGGUGAUGACUAAUGAAGGGAAGAAUAUGGUGUCUGCAUCAGAAGAUGGUUCUCUGUUUGUUUGGGAUAUUGAAUCAGGAGAAGUCAUAAGGGUUCUUGGAAAUGACAUGGGUGGGAUCAGUGACAUGGUUAUGGCUAACGGAAAAGCUCAUGGGCUAAAUAUGGGGAAAGAGGGGAGCCAUGAUUUAGGGUUAUCAGCUUUGGUGCUGAGCAGGAGAUUGAGAGAUUCAUUGGAGAUGGAGGAGGUGUUAAUGGGGGCAGCAAAAGACAGGAGAAGAGCAAUUGAGAUGCUUGAAUCUGCAAUUACGAUGUACCAGAAGCUCCUUGAACUGAUUCUCAAAGAAGUCAAAGGGGGAAAUUGCAGCAACACUGACAAGGAAAAAGACGAAAAAGACAAAGAUGACAUGUAAAUUUCUCUUUACUGUAAGAAAUCCAAACAGAGUUGUGCAAGAAAGUUAUGCUCUUCGGCCUUUUUUUUAUAAAAAAUUUAUGCCCUUCGCGUGGAAA